GAUAUAUGUGGAUGCAUGUGGUAUUCCGGAAACUUUGAAACUUUUUCCGGAAAGUUUAUUUGUGCGUGGUGUUCACACGCGUACCUUCCCAGUCAUUGGCUAGAAUGGUCCCACCUGAUCUUGCAUGUCUUCAUUCCUUGAGCACAUGUAUUUCCAGUGUUAGAGUGGUCACUCGGCUCUCUUGUCAAUAUAAUAAAUAAUCUUUGCUUUAGGUCAUGUGUAUGAGUGGGCUCGUCUUUAAAUGACCCGCCUAGUUCCUGUUGAAAUUCUAAAGGUGAUUGGCUACGCUCUGUGAGGGUGGAUUUCAUUGACGCAUUCCGUUUGAACAAUAAAUAGAGCGAACAAGACUCCUUCCAGUUCACAGGUCUGAGAAGACGCAUGAAGAAGUUCUUGCUUCAACAGUGAUUGAACGGAACUCCUCUGCCUUCGUCCCGCAUUAUAGAACAUUACGGAUUGAUGACAGAACGCUUUCUUGAACUGUGUUGAUAAUGGGAUAUGUAGAUAGGGCGAGUCGGUCAAGGAUCGACUCGGACAAGGUGGUCAAUUAUAUGACAAGCGACAGGUUUAUUCAGAGUAAAGAUAUCUGGUACAGCGUAUAUACGGGCCCCUCUGCUAGCUCAUCAGAGACUAGCAGAAGGAACCCUGCUAACAGUGAGUACAAGCUUCAUAUACAGAACAGAAAGUAGGUUGAUUUCUAGGAGAUCGGAUCUUCGGAUUGGAUCAGGCUGGGGUGUAGUCAUCCGGCAUUGGCUCAGUUGUCUGUCCAUCAUCGUAGAAUCCUGCCAUGCCUGUUCUUGGUCGUCACACCAUGGUCAGCUGAAAAGGAGAUUUGAAUCUGCCGAGAUGGAGUCUCAGAUCCGCCAGAACUAUCACCACGAUUGCGAAGCUGCCAUCAACCAGAUGAUCAACUUGGAGAUGUUUGCCUCCUACACCUACACCUCAAUGGCUUUCUAUUUCUCCCGUGACGAUGUGGCUCUGCCUGGCUUCGCGCAUUUCUUCAAGGAGAACAGCAACGAGGAGCGGGAGCACGCGGAGAAGCUACUCUCCUUCCAGAACAAGAGAGGUGGACGCAUUUUACUCCAGGACAUCGAGAAGCCAGAACGUGAUGAGUGGGGCAAUGGGCUGGAGGCCAUGCAGCAUGCUCUGCAGCUGGAGAAGAAUGUGAACCAGGCCCUGCUGGACCUGCACAAGAUUGCCUCUGACAAGGUUGACCCCCAUCUGUGUGACUUCCUGGAGACCCAUUACCUGAAUGAGCAGGUGGAGGCCAUUAAGAAGCUGGGAGACCACAUCACCAACCUCACCAAGAUGGAUGCUGUCAACAACAAGAUGGCAGAGUACCUGUUUGACAAGCACACCCUGGGAGGCCAGAGCUAAACCACUUUCAUCCCAAGACUAUGGUCUCCAGCCUCAGACCAGGACUCCUGACUUCUCUGCUAGAACCUACUGGCUUUGCAUUUAUAGGGAGGGGAGAGUGUUGCACUGGUUUAGUGCAACACUGCUGUUACAUUGAGAUGUUUCUGUUGACCACAAUACUGUAUUUUGGAGGCAAGGCUUCUUGUGAAACAAUUAAAAAAGAUCACUAAAGUUUGUUGCUGUUUUCUAAGUGUUGACCUGUAGUAAUGGAUGUUGUAUCAGUCUAUUGAGGUUCUUUGCUCAUUUACUGAGCAUCUUCAUACCAGUGAUAAACACUGACAAUUGUAGACCUACUAGUGGCUGAGGGUCAUAACAAUAGAAGUUUAACAAGAGUUUAAUAAAGGAUGUAACCUCUUACCACAGAGGGUCCUUUACCGUACCUUGUAAUAGUGCCAUGUCAAGUAAGGGCCAAAAUGUGAACUCUAGGUCCUUAGGAUUGAAAUGGUUACCUACAGUUGAUGUAGUCCUUUACUGUGCAUCACAAGUUUAUUAGACAGCCUAGAGGUCAAUCAAAACUGUUAGCCAGCUGUUAUGGCACAUUUCUCUAGUGAUUGGAAGUUCGGCUUUUACUGAUACAAAUCUGUACUCAUUCGGUUUAUUUCAGUUGAAUGCCCACUAGUUCCCCUACAGCAAAUUAUGAACUGUAUGCUCCAAAUAGUAAUUAGUCUUCAAGCCUCUCGUUUGACUAAAACUGCUUAUUGGAGCUGUCAUAUACUGAAGACUUUCAUUGUGAUAAUUGAUAGGCAGGCUUAAACUGGAUAAGAUGUUGAUAGACAUUGUUAAUGUGUCCAUAUAGUAUGAGUGUCUAGACCACUUGGUUAAAGGGGAAAAUAGCUUUAUGAGAAGUGUCUAAUCAGCAAUUGCAUUUUCAAUAAUGGCUACUUUUCAGUGUCCAACAUUUACAACUAAGUAUUGACAUGGUAAAAUUGAGUACAUUUCUAUGGUAAUGGUAUUCACCUAGUUGGUUAUUUAGGACAACGUUUCAUAACUUUGUCAUCCUAUUUGAAAACAUGUGAAAAGGCCAUACAGAGGGCCAGAGUUGUGUGAUAAUCUGACGUACCCAAAAAGGCCACUAGUUGGCAUUGAUUAAAUUGCAUAAUCCUUAAUUUA